AUGGCGAUGAUAUCGGAUUCGAGCUACGUGCUCCACGCGAUCCGGCUGAGUGCGCUCCGCACGGCAGAUGACAGCGUAACUCCCCGCAUCGUGACUAUGGACGGGGGCUUCGCGUCCAAUCCAUACAUCAACGCCAUGGGGUUGGGCGAUAUCGACCGCUGGCCAGAACUCAAGCGGGCACUAGACAGUCCUCCACCUGAUCCGUCGCCGCACGCCCUCGACUCGGACGACGGGCUGCCGGACUUGUCUAGACGUGGAGGUGGGACAGGAGGAGGAGGAGGAGCAACAGGGUUGAGGUAUACCCAGACGAUUAUGCCUGCUGGUCGGACCGGCGGUGCGGGUAUGCGCGUGAGUGGGCGGGACAACACGUCGAUUCGCGGACGGAGGCGACACAUCUCGCAGCGGAGCCAGAGUUCUUCUGUCGAUGUGCGGCCACCACCACCUGUUCCACCAGAAACUGGACGGCCGCGCGCAUCGAGUACGACAUCUGAACCUAAUCGCCUAUUCUCGCCUGAAGAUGACGCUAAACCCUUCCUCGGCACUAUAGGGUACCAUCCCGACGGGAGCAGCGCUGGUAUGGCGAGUGCUAUACCCAGCGAUAUGGCUAUGACGGUCAGUCAGGGGGAUGCGGACGUCGACGAAGGGGAGGAGGACGACGAGGCUGGUGCUCAAGUUCCGCCAGUCCUUGGGAGGCCGGGACAUGCGCGGCAUCCGAGUACGAAUAAGCUUGAGGCUGGCCGGCCUUCUACCAUCCACGAGGAAGAUCGGCGGAGCUCGACGGACACGUUCCCAGAGAUCAAGCUCGAGUUUGGGCGGAUUGAUGUCCCACCCACGAUUCCAGGCAGCGCGCCACACACGUCUGCGCUAACCGCGACGCUGAACCAACAUGUGCCGCAUCUCGUGUCGACGGGCGGUGUGCCGCCAGAUGGAGACGUGCCUAUGGGUAUCACGAACCCCUUCGCGAGCCUGUAUGCAAACGUAGUUGCGCCGCAGGGGAAGCCGAGCCUCAAGCUUGAACUCUUCUUCCCUCACUCGGACCAGCCGAGCAACCCCAUCCUCGCGACGGUGCGCAAGGACGCCACGGUCGAGGAGGUUAUUGGACACGCGCUGUGGAAGUAUGUUGGAGAGGGGCGGACUCCGGAGCUGGCAGACGACGAGGCCGAGCAGAGUACCGUCGGAUGGGGCCUGCGGAUUGUGGAGGACGACGGCGAGGUCGACGAGGACUUUCCGCCGCUCGACCGCGAGUCGGCCAUCUCCAAAUUCUCGUACGGCCAGUUUGGCAUCGUGCGCGCAACCCCUUCACAGAAGAAGCAAAAUGCCGCAAUUGCACCGACGAUCCAGCGCCGUCCCUCGCGCAUUAUCGCGGACGUUCGGCCCCGCCGCCCGCGGCAGGCCAUGCCGAUAGUCAUGAGCCCCGAGGAAGACGUGCCGCUAAAACAGGCUGGGCUCAGCUCCAGUUCGGGGGCGGUGCUGCUGCACGUGUUCGUACGCGCAAGCGCAGACGUGCAGUUCAACACGACGAUUUGGGCUCCCUCGGACAUGUACAUUGCUGACUUGACCGAGGUGCUCGUCACCCGCAAGAGCCUUCUGCAACCCGCGACCGAAUGGGUGCUUUGCCUCGCUGAUUUGUCGCUAGCCCUCCCGCUGGAUCGCACAGUGGCGUCCUUAGAGGGCAUGAACCAGCUGACCCUCGUGCGGGAACAGUGGGCGGCCGAACAUGGAUUAAAGGGAGAUAUGCGGGGCGGCGAUCCAAGCGCCAGCAUAUUCAAGCGUGCGAGCGAGCCGCCGGCCAAGCGCGAGUUAGGACAGACGUACAAGAAAUACACUGUUGUGCGCAAGACGCCGAUCGGGCGGGCGGAGCGGCAGCUCGCCAUCGACAACGACUACAUUCACAUCCUGCCGUCCGAGAACCGCGCGUUCUUCGACAGCCUCAAGACGACUUCGAUACACAUCACGCUUGUUGCCAGCAUCAAGCUCUCUGGGCGCGCCGGUGGGUUCAAACUCUACGUGUGGCGCGACGGGAGCAGGAAGCGGUACGAGUUCGAGGCCGAGAACGUCAAGCAGGCGCAGGAGAUUGUCGACAGUAUCGAGGCGUUGAUGCGCACGUAUCAGCGGGAACGCAACAGCAUGUUUGCGCCUCUAGGGCAGGCGGGCGUGCGCGGCAAGGUGGCGAAAUAG